UAAAAAUAAAAGCGAGCGGCAACACUGUGUAUAGUAAAUUAAUUUUUUUAUCUUAUCAUUGAAUUGUUUAGUAUUCUGUAUUUGAGAGGAGCACGGUUUGAAAAUUGAUUUAUUAGUAUGUUGUGAAUUAUCGAGUAGUGUUCGGCAUGACAGCAACAUACACCGAAAUAAUUUUAGCCAGUUGCAUAUUAAUACUCCCUUUUUUAUACGAAUCCAGCCAUGCAUUCCGGUAUCACUUAAAGUUCUUUCUCUACUAUGCCAUCGUUAUGAUAAAUUCCGUUAUACUCAUCCCCGUUUACCUGUUCAAGCCUGGAAAUGUGAAAAAUCUGCUAAUAGCGAGUGAUUUUUGCCGAGGCAUCACCAACCUCGUCGGCUUGAGAUGGACCCUAAGGGGAAAGGAGCAUUUAGAGAAAGAACAGGCCUGCAUCGUCAUUGCGAACCAUCAAAGCUCUUUGGACGUUCUCGGCAUGUUCAACUUUUGGAGGGUGAUGGACAAAUGCACGGUGAUAGCUAAGAAGGAGCUGCUCUACGCGGGCCCCUUCGGCCUGGCUGCUUAUCUGUGCGGACUGAUUUUCAUCCCCAGAGUGCAAGCGGAGAGGGCGAAAGCCAUUAUGAACGAGGCAGCUAACAAAAUUAAAAUCGAUAAGGUUAAAUUAUGGGUAUUUCCCGAGGGAACGAGAAGAAACGAUGGCAAAAUCCACCCUUUCAAGAAGGGUGCUUUCCACAUGGCUAUCUCAAAUAAUUUACCAAUAGUACCAGUAGUAUUUUCCAGAUAUUAUUUUCUCGAUAAAAGCGUCAAACGAUUCGAUCACGGCAAAGUGACAGUGACGGCUCUGCCACAAAUCGAAACAAAGGACCUGACAAUGGACAAUUUAGAGGAAUUAAUGGAGCGAGUUCGAAGCGUUAUGCAGGAAACGUUCAAUGAAACGAGUAGAGAAAUCAUCGAAGACUUUGCGCCGGUUUCUAGUCACAAGUUAACUUGAAGUCACAAUUUUUUUGUACCUAUUUUAUAAGGUUUAGGUAGGUAGAUUUUUACUUUUUUCAACUGAAAAGACGGUAAUUUGUUAUUCGGAAUUGAACGAAACGAGAAGCAAAUGGUGGUGUUCAUUUUUUGAUGUAUAAUUUAAGUGGAAUGAUACAAAUCAAUAAGUUAACAUUAAUGUGACUCUAAAUUUUUUAUGAGCUCCAUUGUAUCUGCUAAAAAAUAUAAUGGUUAACGCGAUAACCCUAUUUUAUUAUCGACUUGUCUAGGUUUAAUGCCAAAGAGGGAGUUGCCACCUGUGAAAAUUAUUUUUAGGAAAAAUUUAUUAGGUUUAUUCUUGAUUUAACCAUUAAAAAUUCACUCUAUACGUAAUAAUUAAUAUACUUUGAUUUAGAUUUUCUGCACAAAUAUUCUUUCGAUAUAUAGCAGAACAAAAGGUCUAAUAGAGUAGAGUUUUUUAAUACACAUUUAAUGUUUGUUACCUUUAUACGUAAGUAUACAUGUUAUACUAUGUAUAAUUAAUGCAUCACAGCGUGCCAUUUUAAAUUAAUCUAGUCAAUUUAUGAGUGUAUUUUUUUAUAUGAAAUUGAGAAAUUAUUUUUUGUGAAUACUUGCAUCAUUCCGAUUUUAAUUACUGUUAGAAUUCGAAAAGACCUAUAAUUUAACGAAUCAUGCUCAUAUUAAUUUUAGUUAUUUGUAAUGAUUUUAUGUAAAUAUUUGACUGGUUCGAUUCACGGUAUUAUAUUUUGUUCUAUGACGAUUGAAAAUACAAUUUUCUAUGUCCAA